AAGCCCUUCAGUGCACUGAGAGUUAUAAAUAGUCAUUAGGGCCCAAGCGAGUGGCCUUAACACAUGGAUUUUCUUCCAAAAAUGCAGACCCAUUUUAAUUAAAUUUGCCACUAACCUCUGGGAGGGCAGGCCCCGGAUUCCAUUUGCUUUUGGACACACCAACAAAAUGGGAGUCACAGCCGUGCUCAUGCUGCCUCUGCUGCUUCUGGGAAUCAGCGGUCUUCUGUUCAUCUACCAAGAGGUGUCCCGGCUGUGGUCAAAGUCAGCCGUGCAGAACAAAGUGGUGGUGAUCACCGAUGCCAUCUCGGGACUGGGCAAAGAGUGUGCUCGGGUGUUCCACACUGGUGGAGCAAGGCUGGUGCUGUGUGGCAAGAACUGGGAGAGGCUAGAGAUCCUGUAUGAUGCCCUCAUCAGUGUGGCUGACCCCAGCAAGCAGACAUUCACCCCAAAGCUGGUCCUCUUGGACCUCUCAGACAUCAGCUGUGUCCAGGAUGUGGCCAAAGAAGUCCUAGACUGUUACGGCUGUGUGGACAUCCUCAUCAACAAUGCCAGCAUGAAGAUCAAGGGGCCUGCCCAUAAGAUUUCUCUGGAGCUCGACAAGAAGAUCAUGGACGCCAAUUACUUUGGGCCCAUCACACUGACCAAAGCCCUGCUUCCCGACAUGAUCUCCCGGAGGACAGGCCAGAUUGUGUUAGUGAAUAACAUCCAGGGGAAGCUUGGAAUCCCAUUCCGCACAGCUUAUGCUGCCUCCAAGCACGCCGCGCUAGGCUUCUUUGACUGUCUCCGAGCCGAAGUGGAGGAAUACGAUGUUGUCGUCAGCACCGUGAGCCCCACUUUCAUCCGGUCCUACCGCGUUGAUCCGGGCCAGGGAAACUGGGAAGCCUCCAUCUGGAAAUGUGAGCUUUCUGAGGGAAUCUGCAGUCUUUUUCAGGAAGCUGACCUAUGGGGUGCACCCUGUGGACGUUGCAGAGGAGGUGAUGCGUACCGUGAGACGGAAGAAACUGGAGGUCUUCAUGGCCAACCCCAUCCCCAAGGCCGCCGUGUACCUCCGCACCUUCUUCCCAGAGUUAUUUUUCGCCGUGGUGGCCUGUGGGGUGAAGGAGAAACUCAGUGUCCCAGAGGAGAGCUAACUGCUGGGGGCCAGAUGGGUCACCUCACUGGGAAUAAAGUCUUUCCUGGCAAGGUGCUGGUCCCCUGUCCUUUCCACACAGGGGCCCAACACAAGCCUACAACACAUCCCUAACCUACACCUGCCUUCCAGAGAUGUUCUCCACCCCUGUGAACAUGGACUGGACACCAGCCCAGUCUCUGCAGGGUCUCUGGGUCUCUCCCACUCAGC